GGCUUUGUCUCGUGGGCCGGUGGCUGGCGGCUGCCUCCCCGGGAGGAGGGGAGGAGAGGCGGCGGGGAGCUGUCCAGCGCCCCGGUGCUGAAAUCCCGAGGCUCGCGCGGCGCUACCAUGUAAGGGCCAUGAGCAGGGCUGGCCCUGGCGCAGCGCGGACAUGGAGGAGGACCUGUUCCAGCUCAGGCAGCUGCCAGUGGUGAAAUUCCGUCGCACGGGAGAGAGUGCAAGGUCAGAGGAUGAGACGGCUUCCGGAGACCAUGAAGUCCAGAUUGAAGGGGUCCGAGUCGGCCUAGAAGCCGUGGAGCUGGACGAUGGGGCAGCCGUGCCCAAGGAGUUUGCCAAUCCCACUGACGAUACUUUCAUGGUGGAAGAUGCGGUGGAAGCUAUUGGGUUUGGAAAAUUCCAGUGGAAGCUAUCUGUUCUCACCGGCUUGGCUUGGAUGGCCGAUGCCAUGGAGAUGAUGAUCCUGAGUAUCCUGGCACCACAACUGCAUUGCGAGUGGCGACUCCCCAGCUGGCAGGUGGCACUGCUGACCUCGGUGGUCUUCGUGGGCAUGGUGUCCAGCUCCACACUCUGGGGAAACAUCUCAGACCAGUACGGCCGGAGGACAGGACUGAGGAUCAGUGUGCUGUGGACACUGUACUAUGGCAUCCUCAGCGCCUUCGCGCCCGUGUACAGCUGGAUCCUGGUGCUGCGAGGCCUGGUGGGCUUUGGGAUCGGAGGGGUCCCCCAGUCGGUGACGCUCUACGCCGAGUUCCUCCCCAUGAAAGCCAGAGCCAAGUGUAUUUUGCUGAUCGAGGUCUUCUGGGCCAUCGGAACGGUAUUCGAGGUUGUCCUGGCUGUAUUUGUGAUGCCCAGCCUGGGCUGGCGUUGGCUGCUCAUCCUUUCGGCUGUCCCACUCCUCCUCUUUGCUGUUCUGUGUUUUUGGCUGCCGGAGAGUGCGAGGUAUGAUGUGCUGUCUGGGAACCAGGAAAAAGCCAUCGCCACCUUAAAGAGGAUCGCGACAGAGAAUGGAGCUCCCAUGCCACUGGGCAAACUCAUCAUCUCCAGACAGGAAGACCGAGGCAAAAUAAGGGACCUUUUCACGCCACACUUUAGAUGGACGACUUUGUUGCUGUGGUUUAUAUGGUUUUGCAAUGCAUUUUCAUACUAUGGAUUAGUUCUGCUCACCACAGAGCUCUUCCAGGCAGGAGACGUCUGCGGCAUCUCCAGUCGGACGAAGGCAAUCGAAGCAAAAUGCAGCCUGGCCUGUGAGUACCUGAGUGAGGAGGACUACAUGGACCUGCUGUGGACUACCCUCUCAGAGUUCCCAGGUGAGGAACCUGUGCCAGGGGAGGCUGGACCAUGA